AUGCUGCCAGCGCUCUGCUCUCUCUUCACUGCUCUCUCAUGUGUCAGUGGUGUGACUGGGGUGACGCAGAAGCCUCCUGUUCUCACACUGACUCAAGGACAGACGGCCACUAUGGACUGUAACCUGGGGACUGUUACAAAAAGUGGUGCACGCUGGUACAAACAGGUUUUAGGAGGAGUUCCUCACACGUCCCUGCAGUCUCUCCUUUAUCUGCUCCUCACGCUGCUCAUCUCUUCACUCAGCACGAGAGUCCCAUCACACACAGACACCAUGCUGCCAGCGCUCUGCUCUCUCUUCACUGCUCUCUCAUGUGUCAGUGGUGUGAUUGUGGUGACGCAGAAGCCUCCUGUUCUCACACUGACUCAAGGACAGACGGCCACCAUGGACUGUAACCUGGGGACUGUUACUGAUCAAGGUGCACGCUGGUACAAACAGGUUCCUGGAGGAGUUCCUCAGCAUGUGAUAAGACAUUAUCAUGAAUGGAGUUCUCCUAAAUAUGGAUCUGGUUUCUCAUCACCUAAAUUCACAUCAACACACUCCUCUAAAUCAGAUUAUAAACUGAUUAUCAGUAAUGUGGAGGUGGGAGACUCAGCAGUGUAUUACUGUAAGACCUGGGACAGCUCUGCUAAAGAGUACGUAUUCGGCCAAGGAACAAAGCUGAUCGUCAACGACGUUGCUCUCCCGGCUCCUGUUCUGACCGUUCUCCCUCCGUCCAGUAAACAGCUGGAGUCUAAAAAAGCCACUCUAGUGUGUUUGGCCAGCGAGGUGGCCGGUGGUUUUGCUGAUGUGCGUUGGCUCGUGAACGGGAACUCGGUCACCAGUGGAGUCAUCACCGGCUCUGCACUGCAGCAAACCAAUAAGAAAUUCACUCUGAGCAGCUAUUUGACCAUCGACAGCUCCGAGUGGGAAAACGCGAAAACCAUAACAUGUGAAGUGUCUGCUGGAGGAAAAGCUGCAUCGGUGAAGAUUAACCAGUCUGAAUGCAGUGAAUGAACCUGAUUACUGUUUAUAUAUGUGUAUUGUUUAGAUGCAAAUCUUAAAAAGAGCUGUAGUUUACUGUAGAAAAUGAUUCCUUAUUAUUGAGACUAUAAUGUAAUGAUGAUGCAAUUAGUUUGCUUCUGUGUUUGAGAAAUAAGUUAAAGUUCAAUAAAGUGCAUGAUAAAAAAUAAA